AUGGCUGUUAUAUCAAAAAUCCCGGGCUUGUCCGUCAGCGUCGCAGUCAACAACGAAAUCGCGACAGAAUACUCUACCGUUGAAAGCGAAAUCAGCGGUUCUAUUGACGGGGAGGCUUCAGCGGCUGGAGAUCGAGGCGAGCACGUUUGGCCCCGUACGACAACGUACAUUGAAUCCUAUUCGGGUGCCCCGUUUCGCAUCGAGGCGACAUUCAGCGCUGGUUUUCAGACUGCAGUUUCGAAACACAAAGAUCAUGACGCCAUCUCCGUUGAGGUAUACGUCGAUGGAACUUGGGUGACUAGCGGGUGGGCCUAUUUGGAGUCGCUCGGCAAGGACGCCCCGUAUGUCAUCCCAAUAGAGAACACAUGGACACAGUCAGAGACGGGCGGCCUGUUGGAGGAGCGCCAGUUCGCAUUUGCGCCGGUAUCUAGGGUGGACGAUGCGAGCAAGCAAAAGAUCGUCGAAGACUCGAAGAUUGCCGAGUCCUUGGGUGAAAUUAUUAUCGGGAUUGAUUUGAUGACCACCGUGGACGACGACUUCUUCGACUACCCAGAAAACGUCGCCAAUCCGGCCGGCGUGUUCAGCCUGGCGGAGAAAGCAAUGAAGGGAGCGGCGAUCUCCCACGGCACGUCGUAA